ACCUCCGCAAGACGACUCAUAUCCGAAGCGAUUAUAGUCAAGAUGGCGAACGGGUAAGUUACCCCCGACCCUCGCAAAUCAUCCCCCGGACGGCCACCAAGAGUGCGCUUGGAAUUACCAAGCAGCAAGCAGGCUUGGUUGCCCUUCCCUCACAUCCAGCAGAACCGGAAUCCCAAACCGCCCACUAACCCAUGCUGCAAAAAACAACCAGAUGGAGCAUCAUCAUCGGCCUCAUCGUCGUCGUCAUCGCCUCCGUCUUGGCGUGGAUCUUCAGCCCCAAGGGCGAGAAUCAGACUGUGUUCAGAAGUACCCUGAUCUUAUCCUUCGUAUGCUGUUAUCUGAUGUGGGCGAUCACGUUCCUCGCGCAGUGGCAUCCGCUCAUCACGCCUAAGAGGUCGGAUAUUCGGCCUGAUCGGGUGCCUGAGUAAAUCCCUCUUUGACUUGCGCUCUUGUUUCUGUGUUGAAGGGGUGUGGGUUCAGGAUGUGAGGCCUUUGUAUGAUGUGUGUCGAGGUGGAUCGGCAGGGUGGGUGCCUAGAAGUGUUGGUGAUAUGCUACGUACGGCCCCGUCUUGGC